GCGAAUGAGGAUGCUGCGAGGAUGCUGCGCUUCCCGGUGAAGAAAAUACGGAAGCAGUUCAAGCUCCUUCUACUCCUGGUCCUGCUAACCUUCGCCAUUUGGUUUACAUACCUUCAUAUCAAUCAAGGGAAGGCCAUUAAGCUCCAUUUUAAUUAUGGUAAAGAUGGGGAUCGCCAGAUGGAGGGGACAGACGCCAGUCGAAAGAGAGACUCCCGCUCGUCCGACAGCCACCGCAAGAGCACCGACGCCAGCGAGAGCCGCGAGGAUGAGGCCACGGAGGAUGAGCCCAAUGCGAUGGGGGUUGAAGGCAGAGACCAGGCAGAAAUCCGGAAGUUUCUUACCCAGAAGCAGAAAAAGUUGCCAUGGAAACCUGAGUUCAAAGGUCAAGCCAACCUUCAUGUGUUUGAGGACUGGUGUGGAUCAUCUGUGGCUCAGCUGAGGAAGAACCUGCACUUCCCCCUCUAUCCGCAUACGAGAACGACGGUGAAGAAGCUGGCCGUGGCCCCCAAGUGGAAGAACUACGGCCUGAGGAUAUUUGGCUACAUUCACCCCUACAGAGAUGGGGACUUCCAGUUUGCCGUGGCCUCUGACGACAACUCCGAGUUCUGGCUGAGUUCCGACGAGAGUCCGCUGAACGCCCGGCUGCUGGUGUACGUGGGCCGGCUGGGCUCAGAAUGGACGGCACCAGGAGAGUUCAGCAAAUUCAGAUCUCAGUCUUCCAAGUCUGUUCAUCUCAUCUCCUCCAGACGGUACUACUUUGAGGUCUUACACAAGCAAGAUGACAGAGGCUCUGAUCAUGUUGAAGUGGGGUGGCGACCCUUCCUGCCAGGCUUGAAGUACGAGGUCAUCGACUCGGCCUACAUCUCUCUAUACACAGAUGAGUCCAGUCUGAAGAUGAACAGUGUGGAUCACGUACCGCAGACCCUGGCCAGUCACGCGCGCCUCGCUCAGGACGCUGCUCAGCCCAGCAGCCAACAUGGCGCCGACAUGCUGAAAGCCGACCCCCGCGACACCUUCUUCAGCAUACCGAUGAUAGAGCCGUCUCGUUUGGAGAAUGUGUUGCCUGCCUGCCUCUACUCCCCCACCUACGUGGUGAAGGAUUUCCCCAUCGCACGCUACCAGGGCCUCCAGUUUGUGUACCUGUCCUUCGUCUACCCUAACGACUUCACCCGGCUCACCCACAUGGAGAGAGAAAACAAGUGCUUCUACAGGGAGUCGCCCAUUUAUCUGGAAAAGUUCGGCUUUUACAAGUACAUGAAGAUGGACGAGGAAGACGAUGAUCAGCCCCUUUUCUUCCCCAACCCAGAUGACUUCCUGGAGGAGGAGGAAGGAGUGGACCCAGAGGACGAGGUAGAGAUGGUGGGCACUCCUCCCAGCCGAGCCGGACAGGCGUCUACCCGGCAUCCGCGCAGGGCAGUCGGAGCGACCCCUGCCGAGAGGAGAGAGGAGAAAGGACGCCUCCUCCCGCACGAGAGGCAGCGGGACGGGGAUCUGGAGCGGGAGUGGAGGCACCACCGAGACAAGGGGAGGCACGCCGCCGUCAAGUCCCCGCCGGAGGAGCCCGACCUGAGCCGGAAGGGUCCAUCGAGAGCCCGAGAGCCGUCCGCGCCCAAGCUCAGCAAGUCGGCCCUGCUGUUCCCGCAGAAGGCCUCUCUGAACGCGCUGACCAGCCGCGCCAAGCAGAUCCUCACCAACUCGGCCCACGUGGCCCGAGACCCCGCCGACACACACGCACACACACACACACGCACACACACGCACACCCGCGUCAAGGAGCACAAGAGGGACCCCAACAAGAUCUACAUCACCAGGCCGCGCCCCGCCAAGGACAGGAAAGCACCGCUGUCCCGCCAGCCCAGGGAGGUCUUCCCGGGAGUCUUCCUCUACCAGACUGGGAAAACCACCCGCUUGGUCAACCUGGGCGCCAAGGCCAGAGGUGGGCCCCUGCUCCCCAAGCCCCCGCCCAGAGCCGCCCACGUCAGCAGCAACCGCACCAGGCUGCCCGCUGCACCGCACAAAACCUCCAGCAGGGCGGCGGUGCUGAGCCACGCAGACACGAGGAGAGUCGCCACGCCGGACCCCUCGCUGCCAAAAGCGUCCCACGCGACCACCACCGCCACCACCGCCGCCGCCGCCGCCGCCGGACACAAUCACCAACACCGCCUCCUCCCGCGCCCGACAGGCCCGGCGGCGAACUUGUCCGAGAACGGCGUCCCCAUGGAGACCCGCGUCACCUCCUACAUGCGCACCUCGGAGAUCACCGAGUCCCAGCAGCAGCACCAGCAGCACCCGGGGCAGGAGCUGGAGCAGGGGCAGGAGCAGGGGCAGGGGACGGUGGCCGAGGAGGAGGGUGGUCUGUCGGAGUACAGCUACGAGGAGGCCGAGCCCAGGCCCGGGUGGGCGGAGGAGUCCAUCAACUGGCAGCGGACGUUCUCGGUCAACACCAUGGACUUUGAGCUGCUGCGCUCCGACUGGAACGACCUGCGCUGCAACGUGUCGGGCAACCUGCAGCUGGCCGAGAGCGAGGUGGUGGACGUGCUGGCGCAGUACAUGGAGAAACUCAACGAGCGCAACGGAGGCAUCUACACCCUCCUGCGCAUCAUCAACGUGGAGAAGCGGCGCGACUCUGCGCGCGGCAACCGCUACCUGGUGGAGCUGGAGCUGAUGGAGCGCGGGCGCAGCGUGGUGCGUCUGUCCGAGUACGUCUACAUGCUGCUGCACCGCGGCCGGCUGGAGGACAGCAGCCUGGAGACCGCCGAGCUGGUCACUCCGCCACCGCCGCCUCCGCAGCCGCAGCUGCCCACGGCCGCCCCCGGCAGCACGCCCGGCCCCGCUAACGCCAACGCUAACGCCGUCGCCAACGACAACGGCGUCCCCAACGCCGACGCGGCGGCAGUGCCGCCUCCUCCUCCGUCGCGACGGCCCUCGCCCACUCAAGCCAACCGAGCCACUCCGCAGGCUGGCACCUCCUAUGCCAAACCCCUGCUGUGCCAGCCAGUGAUGCUCCAGUGGAGGAAUGACGUCAUGGUGCAUUUUGUGGUGCCAGUGAAGAACCAGGCUCGCUGGGUACAGCAGUUCAUCUCAGACAUGGAGCAGCUUCAUCGCGAGACCAAAGACGACAACUUCAACAUCAUCAUCGUCGACUUCCAGAGUGAUGACAUGGACGUGGAGCAGGCCUUGAGAGAGAGCACUGUUCCCAGGUAUGAGUAUCUGCGGAGGCCGGGGAACUUUGAGCGCUCGGCCGGAUUGCAGAUUGGAGUGGACACCAUAGAGGAUAACCACAGUAUUGUGUUCCUGUGUGACCUGCACAUCCACUUCCCUCUGAACAUCCUGGAGAGCAUCCGCAAGCACUGUGUGGAGGGCAGACUAGCCUUCGCCCCCAUCGUCAUGAGACUGGACUGUGGAAGCUCUCCACAAGAGCCCAACGGCUACUGGGAGGUCAACGGCUUCGGCUUGUUUGGGAUCUACAAAUCUGACUUUGACAAGAUCGGAGGGAUGAACACAGAGGAGUUUAAGGACCGCUGGGGGGGAGAGGACUGGGAGUUACUGGACAGGGUGCUGCAGAAUGGCCUGGAGGUGGAACGUCUGCGCCUGCGGAACUUCUUCCACUACUACCACUCCAAGCGGGGCAUGUGGAACGCCCAGGCCAAGAAGAACCCCAAGGGGUAGAACCGGCCCAGGGGACGAGACCGUUGGUGUGCCCACGCGCUGGCACUCUUUAAGACAGGCACCCUGCAAGGCAUGCGCCAGACUCUCUGUGGA